AUGUCCUUGGAUAUCGCAACCUUCAAUGAUGGUGAUGAAACGGGACUCAGCCUUGUCAUAUGCGCCCGCAGUGAGCUCGAUGCAUGCCGCAGUAUACGAUCUGUGGAGAAAUACGAAUGCACUGCGCAGCUCGAAGUGUUGGGAGGAUUCUGGGGCUUUGUAGAUGAGCUCCCUCGCAAGGGCAUGAUCCCCCUGCUUGCUUGCAACAACGGCCUUCAACGCAGAUAUCCAUGGCUUCGGAUGGCCUGCUUUCGCAAAAUGCCACCUCUGCAAGCCCCUGAACAAAGUUUGGCCCGCCAGUGCCAAAUCUUAGACUGCAAACCACAGAGGCUUCUCUUGAUCUUGUGUGGUGUCAUGCGUUCAUCAACAAUGACGAAAUCAGCAGUUGGUGCGAUUCUGGCUAUCGCCCUUGCUGCCGCGUCGUCCAUAAGAGCGUCGCCGCCUGGAGCAGUCUACAUCGACCCUUUACAAUACAAUGUUGUGGGAGCAAACUACACAAAAUGGCGCAAUUCGUCCCUUAUUGGUUUUAACCCCACCAACAGUGCACCCCCAUUCAUUCAGGCCUUUGACUCUUCAUUCCUCGAUGUCACCGGACCAUCUGCCACCAUUCGCGAAAUUGCUUCGAAUCCUGGCUUUGCUUUUGCCCAUGAAGCGCCCAUCUACGUUCCAGAUCUCAACUUGGUCUUCUUUGCAAGCAAUGACGGUGGCGCACUUGGGUACAAUGGCUGGUAUAACAACAGCGUUGUUAGCAUGAUCAACAUGACAGAAGUCGACAUGGCGCUGACUUCUACGCCUGGAAAUGUCAAUAUCCAGGUUCAAACACUCAACCUCUCCGAUAAUGUCCAAAUGGUCAACGGGGGAACAGGCCCAUACAAGGGAGACCUUCUGUUCGUUACCUCAGGCCGCGCUUUGCUUCCGCCUUCUGUUGUUCGCGUCAAUCCUAGCCCUCCCUAUAACACCACUGUUAUUCUGGACAACUUCUUGGGCAGACAGUUCAACUCGCUUAAUGAUAUCAAAAUCCUCCCUGGCACGGACAUCAUGUUCUUCACCGAUCCUGCCUUUGGGUGGCUAAACGGUUUCCGUCCUGAACCAAUGUUACCAUCACAAGUAUACCGCUUUGAUCCAUCGACUGGGCAGGUCAGAGUUGUCGCUGACCGGUUUGUGCACCCGAAUGGUAUUGCGUUCACGCCAAAUGGCAAAACUGCAUUCGUCACCGACACUGGUAUUCUUGGAUCCUUCCCCGGGACAAAUCAGACUUUUCCGGCCACAAUCUAUCAGUUCGACGUCGACCCAACGACGCAGUCGUUCAUGAAUCGUAGAGUGUUCGCCUACAGCGACUCUGGUGCACCCGAUGGCAUUCAGCUUGAUACCAAGGGCAACGUUUAUGCCGGCUGCGGCGAUGGUAUUCAUGUCUGGAAUGUGGAAGGCACGCUCAUUGGGAAGUUCUAUCUAAACAGCACCACGGCCGAGCUGAUGUUUACGAAGUCUGGUCUCAUUAUUUUGGACGAGACGGCGAUGACGAUGCUUCAGCCAAAUCCUGAUGGCCUGGCCCAGUACUUGGUUUGCGCAUUAGAAUGGGUGAUAUCCGCGGACAAGCUGAGGCAGUGUGAAACAGGAUCGCUCCUCAGCGGGCUGUACAAAUGGCUAGAGGAUCAUCAUCGACUUAAAGGUGCAGACGAGCCGAUGCGAUUCAUGGGAUGGCACCUACGUGACGCGUGCGAGAAUGAGCUCACAGUCGGAGAAGAUGAGAUAAAUUAA